AAGGGUGUGCGGUGAGGGAAGAUCAGACGGAGCAGGGCGCGAGUGCUGAAGCUGCGGCUGCGCGGCCCAGAGCGAGGAGCUGUCCGAGCCGGGGGGAUAGAAGCGGUUGCAGCGCUCGGUGCCUGGAAGUGGUACAGUCAUGUUUGAAAUUAAGAAGAUCUGCUGCAUUGGUGCAGGCUACGUUGGUGGACCCACGUGUAGUGUCAUUGCUCACAUGUGCCCUGAAAUCAGGGUGACGGUUGUUGAUAUCAACGAAUCAAGAAUCAAUGCAUGGAACUCUCCUACACUUCCUAUUUAUGAGCCAGGACUGAAAGAAGUGGUAGAGUCCUGUCGAGGGAAAAAUUUAUUUUUUUCUACCAAUAUUGAUGAUGCCAUUAAGGAAGCUGAUCUUGUGUUUAUUUCUGUGAACACACCAACCAAAACCUAUGGAAUGGGAAAAGGCCGUGCAGCAGAUCUGAAGUAUAUUGAAGCUUGUGCUAGACGCAUUGUGCAAAACUCACACGGGUACAAAAUUGUGACUGAGAAAAGCACAGUCCCAGUGCGGGCAGCAGAAAGUAUUCGUCGAAUAUUUGAUGCAAACACAAAACCCAACUUGAAUUUACAGGUGCUGUCCAACCCUGAGUUCUUGGCAGAAGGAACAGCCAUUAAGGACCUGAAGAACCCAGACAGAGUACUGAUUGGAGGGGAUGAAACCCCAGAAGGCCAGAGAGCUGUGCAAGCACUGUGUGCUGUGUAUGAGCACUGGGUUCCCAGAGAAAAGAUCCUCACCACUAAUACUUGGUCUUCAGAACUUUCCAAACUGACAGCAAAUGCUUUUCUGGCCCAGAGAAUCAGCAGCAUUAACUCUAUAAGUGCCCUCUGUGAAGCAACAGGAGCUGAUGUAGAAGAGGUGGCCACAGCCAUCGGAAUGGACCAGAGAAUUGGAAGUAAAUUUCUGAAAGCCAGUGUUGGUUUUGGUGGGAGUUGCUUUCAAAAGGAUGUUCUGAAUUUGGUUUAUCUCUGUGAGGCUCUAAAUUUGCCUGAAGUAGCUCGUUAUUGGCAGCAGGUUAUAGACAUGAAUGACUACCAGAGAAGGAGGUUUGCUUCUCGGAUCAUAGACAGUCUGUUUAAUACAGUGACAGAUAAGAAGAUAGCUAUUUUGGGGUUUGCUUUCAAAAAGGACACCGGUGAUACAAGAGAGUCAUCUAGUAUAUAUAUUAGCAAAUAUUUGAUGGAUGAAGGCGCACACCUCCAUAUAUAUGAUCCAAAAGUACCAAGGGAGCAAAUAGUUGUGGAUCUUUCUCAUCCAGGAGUUUCAAAGGAUGACCAAGUGGCCCGGCUCGUGACCAUUUCCAAAGAUCCCUAUGAAGCCUGUGAUGGUGCCCAUGCUGUUGUGAUUUGCACUGAGUGGGACAUGUUUAAGGAACUGGAUUAUGAACGCAUUCAUAAAAAAAUGCUGAAACCAGCCUUUAUCUUUGACGGACGACGUGUCCUGGAUGGGCUCCACAAUGAACUACAAACCAUUGGCUUCCAGAUUGAAACAAUUGGCAAGAAGGUGUCUUCAAAGAGAAUUCCAUAUGCUCCUUCUGGUGAAAUUCCAAAGUUUAGUCUUCAGGAUAUGCCCAACAAGAAACCCAGAGUAUAGACAUUGCCAUUUUUAUUUGGAACUUUUUUGGUACUUCAAGAUAGCAAAUAUCUAUCUGAUAUUAAAUGAUAAAUGAACCAAGUGCUU